AUGCGUCGCGUGCUGCUUUUUCGCAACCGCGUGGAUUUUGUGGCGACGCUCCUCCAGCAAGGACGGCUUGCGGAUAUGUUGAUGCUACAACACUUUACGUCGCGGGCGCCUCAGAAGCCUCCGGCAGGCAAUGCGGCUGAAAGAAACAGCGGCGGGACUAAAGUGUCAGUGGGUGAGACAUCGCGUCGGGCGUUGUUAACGAGGUGCGAGGCUGUGAAGGCAAAGGCAAUGUCAACACCCUGCACGGACUGGCUGGCCGACGCCUACGGAUCGGGGGAGUGGUGCGCCCUGUCUGAAUCACGUGACAUGGUGCGGGUUGUGGCGAGUGACAACGACCCCACGCGUGUCAAGUUGCGUGGGACGUUUCCAGUACUUGUGCAGGAAGGCAGCUCCCCGGCAUCCGUCCGCCUCGCCGCGUCGAAAGAAAGCGGGGAGGCUUUAAUAGUGACGGUACCGCUGGUGCAGUCCGGUGAGAAGGUGCGCAGCAGCGCCAUUGGUGGUGGAAUCCGUGCCGUGACGCUGAAGGAGGCGGACGGGUCUGUUGUCUCGGAUGCCGCCACUUCCGUGGAUGCCUUUGCCGCUGAGCAAAACAUUUUAUCUGCCGCGGUGUGCAGCGGCAUACUCGGGAAGCUGGAGGAAAUUUGCGCCCUGCACGCCACACACACGGUGCGUUACGAUGCCCUGUUAGUCCGCAACCCGGCGGUGCAAAAGCGACUCUCGCAGCUGGCGUGCGCCCGGUUCAGUCUGGACGCAUUGAGUUCUUUUGUCGCUUCAGCCGCCGUGGAUGAGCCAAUGCCGCUGGUGGAGUCCGUCGCGCUCCGCAUGCACGCGAAGCACGCG